AUGAGUUUACAAUUAAGUUUGAAUGAUUUUAACGAAAUCUGUCGAACAUGUUUAGUAAAAAAAGAAAAUAUGGCUAUUUUCAAAAAUAUUAAAAUUAUAAACAUGCUACAGCAAUGCUCUUGUAUACAAAUUCCCAGCGACGAUAAUUUACCAAAUCACAUUUGUAUGGAUUGCUUAGAUCAAUUACUAAAAUCAUAUGUUUUUAAACAACAAUGCGAAUUAACAAAUGAUAUUCUUAAACAAAUUUCCACGGAUUCAAUUAAUUCCGAAGAGUCUUUACUAGAAAAAUUUAACAAUUUCCCAUUAGCGCCAUUACAAGCAGCGGAAUUAGAUCGAAUGAAAAUUGAAUUAAUACAAAAUGAAUUUAAGAUCGAUUUAAAAUCGGAAACAGAACCUACACCAUCGAUUAGCGAUUCAAUUGAAUUCCCAGCAGAAAAUUCAACAAACGAAUCAUGGCAAUUUUCUGACGUAAAAGAUGAUGAUGACGAAGAAGAAGACGGCGUUGAAGAUGAUGAAAGUGAGGAUCAAAUGAAUUUAUCCGAUCGUGUACAAAAUAAAACACCAAAAAGUCAAAUUUUAAUCAAUCAUAUGAAAUUAAUGGAUGGGGAUAAGUGUACGAUUUCCACGCUAACAUGUAACAUUUGUUCGAAAACAUUACCGAGUAUGUUAGCAUUAGCACGACAUCUGAAUACUCAUAGCGAGACCGGAAUAAUACAGUUAAAUUGUACAGUGUGUAACAGAAGUUUCUCGGAUCCCGGUAAUUUAACAAAACAUAUAAAUCGUCAUAAAGGUAAUCCACAAUUUAACUGUAACAUUUGUAACAAACAAUUUUACGAAUUACAUCCACUUGCAUUACAUAUGAAAAAGAAACACGAAGUAGAACCGACGAAAUGUAAAGAUUGUGGUCUAAAUUUAUACCAUCCAUUACAACACGAACGGCAUGAACGUUUACAUGCCCAAAAAAUAUGUAACGUUUGUGGAAAAGUUUGUAAAACAACGAAAUUAUUAAAACGUCAUAAAUCGUCACAUUCCACUGAUCGCCCCUUUAACUGUGAUAUCUGUGACAAAUCAUUUAAGUUUAAUUUUGAAGUGACCAAACAUAAAAAAAUCUGUCAUAGUGGUCCACAACCUCGGGAAAUUUGUGAUUUAUGUGGGAAAUCGAUAUUGUGUCGAAGUUUACAAGCACAUUUGAGAUCACACGACAAAGGUACAUUUUAUAAAUGUGACUAUUGUGAAAAAGGAUAUUAUUGUCAGGAAACGUUAAAACAACAUGUUAAACAUAAACAUACGAAUAAAGAUUGUCAUUAUAAGUUGUUAUGUUCGAUAUGUGGACGUAAAGUGAUUUCACCGAAGGAUUUAAAGAUACAUAUGAUGUCACAUACACAGGAGAAGUCCUAUCAAUGUCAACAGUGUGAUAAACGAUAUAAAACACCGGGGGCCUUAUUAACACAUGUACGGUACACGCAUGAAGAUAAACGACCGUUUCCAUGUAAUGUUUGUUUUAAAGCGUUUCAUACAAAAGUUAUUUUACAGAAUCAUAUGCGUACACAUACCGGUGAAAGGCCGUUCUCUUGUACGGUUUGUGGUCGAGCAUUUGGUUCGAAAUCGAUCUUAAAAACACAUAUGAAGACACAUGAUAUGAAAUAAAUACUUGAAAGUUGAAAAAAAUUUAUGUAAUAAAAAUAUUUUCGAAUUUAAUUAAAUUCUCUAUGAUUCUCGAUUAACCACAUAUUAGGAGCCGUUCAUAAAGUACGUUCGCAUUUUAGGUAGGAGAGCUAAAUAGUACAAGAGGGGAAAAAGGGUGUCUAAUGAAACGUGAAUUUCAUACUUUUGCAGUUCAUUAAACAAUUCUACUAUAAUUUUUUCUUGAUUUUUAAUUUUAUUUUUCUGCCACGAUAGAUGUUUAUUUGCAGUGGGGGAUUAAGCAUUAGGUGGAGAAAAAAACAAAUUUGUAGGAAAUGAGGGCCAAGGUGAUUGACGAAGACUGAUAUCCGCGACCUAUGGGCCCAGCAUGCGUUAAUCAGACCCUGUUUACUUGCUUGUUAUUGUAGAUAUUUAUUGUUUUAUUGAAAUAAUAAAUAUUUUAAAACAUCAAUAUUUGUCUACUAUUAAUCGAAAUGAUCUAUAGGGUCUAGGGGUCUAGCUUUCGUGAUGUAAUAUUUAUAAGUCGCAAAGAGUGUGAUGAAGCGUGAAGGGGGAGGGUCAAAAAUGGCGAAAUGACGUAGCUUGACGUCUAGUUUAUGAACAACACCUACUGCAUACAUAAUCAUUUGAGAAUGAAAUGAAUGUUCGAAUAUUGUUACAUCACAG